AUGGGUGAUAAAUUAAAAUUAUUCGACGAAUCUGAUCAUGAAGCUGAGUCGGAUGAAGGUGAACUGCGAACGAAUGCAAGCUAUGCCAAGCAUUACGAUGAAUUCCGAAAGAAGGAGAUACUUGGACAGCUGAAAAACUUGAAGGAAGAACUUGGUUCGUCCGAUUCCAGCGAUGACGAAACGACCGACGACGAGAUAGUGGAUCCAGAUUUCGACAAAGAGUUCUUUCGGACACUCGCCUUUUUGAAGCGGAAGGAUAAGGACAAAUACACCGAACGGCAGACGUUCUUCGAAAAUGUGAAGCCUAUCGAGGAAGUGGCACUAACCAAGCGGCACCACAAGGAGAAACCCAUGACUGUAAAAGACUACGAGCGAAAGGUGAUGCUCGAAAGGGGUGGCGUGUUUGAGGAUGAGAAUGAAGAUGGCCCAAUACGGGUACGGUCCGGUUCACCAACAAUGGUGGAGGAAGAGAAAAAGAUUAAAGACGAAAUUAAGCAAGCGCUAAGCAGGAUCGGUGAUGAGGAAAGUGAUGAUGAGGAGGUACUGCAGGGCAAGGGUGGUGGUUUGUUACAACAGCGAGUGAAAAGUGCCGCCGAAACUGAAAAAGAACAGUCAGAUUACAUUGAAUGGCUGGCGGACAAAAAGGCACAAGAACCACCGAGCGAAGACGUUAAGGUGCUGGAACCGUUGAAGCACUUUUGGAGCAACGAAAAGCUAUCUAAAGAGGACGCCUUUCUCAAGGAUUAUAUUCUCAACAAACGGUUCGUACAGAGCAGUGGAGAGGUGCCCACUUACGAUGAGAUAGUGGCCACCUCGGAAGAUGAAGAGGAGCUGGAAAAGCAGGAAGAUUAUGAGCGAAAGUAUAACUUCCGGUUUGAAGAGCCCGAUGCCGACUUCAUCAAGCAGUAUCCCCGUACGGUGGAGGAUUCGUUGCGUGUGGAACGCAACAAACGGAAGGAACAGCGGCAGGUGUUGAAGGAGCGAAAGGAGAAGCUAAAGGAGCAGCAAAAGCGUGAGCUCGAAGAACUGAAGGCGAUUAAGUUGAGGGAAAUUCGGGAGAAAAUUGAGCGUUUGAAGAAAAUAGCGGCAACGGAAAAUUUGGCCAUGAACGAGGAGGAUUUGGAGUCGGAUUUUGAUCCGGAUGAGCACGAUCGACGCAUGAAAGCGAUGUUUAAUGAUGAAUACUAUGGGGUAGAUGAAGGAGAUCAGAAGCCCGAAUUUCCCGAACUGGAUCAGGAGCUGGGUGUGGAAAAUUACGACGUCGAGCGGUUGGAUGAUGAAUACGUGGAAGAUGACUAUGGCCCUCACUGUGAGGAUGAUGAUUUCGUAAUGGAUUGUGAGUACGAAGAAAAAAUGAAGGAGGCCAAACAUGCUAAAGAUGCACACCAAAAGGAACUGUUGGAAGCGACGGUAGGGAAGGGCAAGAAAAAGGGCCGCCGACAGUCUAAGUUCCGCGAGGCGCUUAAAGCUGAGAAACCAUUGUUUGAUCCGGAAGAUGAAAAGACGUACGGUGAGUACAUCGACGAGUACUACAAGCUAGACUAUGAGGACAUGAUCGGGGAUACACCGUGUCGCUUUCGGUACGUCGAAACGGUACCGAACGAUUUCGGGCUGAGCGUGGAGGAAAUAUUGGCGGCAAACACUCGCGAUCUUAACAAGUGGGCUAGCGUGAAGAAAGCGGUACAAUUGCGUCCCAAGCACGUGGAGCUAAACGAGAUCGAAAUGUAUCGUCGCAGAGCUGCGAAUGAAAAGAUGAAGCGAAAACUUUUGCCCAGUUUGUAUGCUGAGCACGAGGAGGAUCAGUUGGACGAAGAAAUUCGGGACAAUAAGAAAAAGAUUGAAAUUGUUGAGCCGAAAGCGGUAACGAAUGGUGCUGAGUUAAAAAUCAAACAAGAGAAAGACACAGACAGCGUGCCAGUGAAGAAAAAGAAAGUGAAAAAAGAAAAAUUGUCCAACACCGAGAAUGGUUCAGGAUCAGUUCCUACCGAGGAAGAUGCAGGAAUGAGUAUCAAAACCGAAAACAAAGGAGAAGAAAAGUCUACUCCUAAGAACAAGAAAAAGAAAAAUAAGAAACAAACCCCUGGAAAUGUAAAAUCACAAGAAGCAAACCCGACUGGCAGUUGGAAAGUUACCGACAUGAAAGCAAAUUCAGAAAAAUCAAUAGAAAAGUCCACCAACUUCCCGAAAGCACAGCAUAAUGCUAAAUAUGAACAAAAAAGAAAAUGGGAAAAGAUGGGUGACGAAUCCAAAACAAAUGAACAACGGAAUGGUGGUACGAAAAAGCCACGCUUUGAGGAUGCUGCCUCAAACAGUGGUCACAAAUGGCAUGGAAAUAAUGCUGGUGGUCGAAAGAAAGAGGAAAACGCAAUCGAUCAGCGGUUGCGAGCGUUCGGAUUGAAUCCCAACAAGUUCCGCAAUAAGCAUACGUACAAUCGCAGUCAAUCGCAGCAAAAUGGGAAAAAAGUGAAUAAAAUUACAAAGUUUGAGUAAAAUAACGCUCAUUCGAGUGCGAUGGUUGUUAUAAAA